UUUUCAUAAAAAUCCCUAAAAUAUCCGAAUUUAUCGGAUAAACCCAAACCCCCUAUCGGGAAAACCCAACACACCGUCUCUCUCUCACUCUCACUUCCCAUCGGCGAAAAUGGCGUCGGUGGCGGCAUCAUCGUCGAUAUCAUUCGCUGCAUCAUUCCUCAAAAUCAAAGCAUUCCCUCUCUCCCCUCGCUUCUUCCCCAUCCGUACACUCCGUUGCUCUGUCUCCUCCUCCUCCUCUGAGCCCAUUGAAUUCGACAUCUCCUUCGCUCCUCCCAAACCCAAACCCUCCUCCACUCACGGCGGCGUCACCCCUCAACAACUCUUCAUCCCUUGGAUCGUCCGUAGUGAUGACGGCACUCUCAAACUCCAAUCUCAACCUCCUGCUCGUUUAAUCCACAACCUCGCCAUCGAUGCCACUACUCAAAACCCUAAGAAGAAAGAUAAAUCUAAGAAGAAACAACCUCAAGCUACCUCCUCUUCCUCCGCCACCACCACCGCCUCAUCUCCAGCUUCACACUCAGAGGUAAAGCCAAAGCUAUCCAAAGCGGCGCGUAGGUUUUACAAUGAGAAUUUUAAAGAACAACCUCAACGUUUAAGCAAAGUUCUCGCUGCUGCUGGAGUGGCAUCAAGAAGAACCUCUGAAGAACUUAUUUUUGAUGGCAAGGUUACUGUUAAUGGUAUUCUCUGCAACACUCCACAGACUCGAGUUGAUCCAUCAAGAGACAUUAUUUAUGUUAAUGGAAAUCGUAUUCCUAAGAAACUUCCUCCAAAGGUUUAUUUUGCUCUGAACAAGCCUAAAGGAUAUAUUUGUUCUUCCGGAGAGAAAGAGAUCAAAUCUGCUAUUAGUUUGUUUGACGAGUACUUGUCCUCUUGGGAUAAAAGGAAUCCGGGGACUCCCAAACCUCGCCUUUUUACUGUUGGUCGUCUUGAUGUUGCCACAACGGGAUUGAUAGUUGUUACAAAUGAUGGAGAUUUCGCACAGAAACUUUCACAUCCUUCAUCUAGUUUACCGAAAGAAUAUAUUACCACGGUUGUCGGUGAUAUACACAAACGACACUUAAUGGCUAUCAGUGAAGGCACAAUGGUGGAAGGAGUCCACUGUGUCCCAGAUUCAGUUGAGUUGAUGCCAAAGCAGCAUGAUAUACCAAGAGCAAGGCUGCGUAUAGUGGUUCACGAAGGAAGAAAUCAUGAAGUCAGGGAAUUAGUGAAAAAUGCUGGGCUUGAGGUUCAUUCAUUGAAGCGUGUCCGUAUAGGUGGAUUCAGACUUCCUUCAGAUCUUGGGCUAGGGAAGCAUGUGGAAUUGAAGCAGAGCGAGCUAAAGGCAUUGGGUUGGAAGAAUUGAAGAUGUCCAAUUCAUCAAACAAUUAAAAACCUCUGUUACCUUUAGUUAAAACAGAAUAUAAUUGUUUAGAUUAUAGUAUAUCUUUAUCUUAGUUUUUUUUUUUGUCAAAGAUCUUUAUCUUAGUUAGGAAUACUUUUUUGUUGUAAGUAGUUUAUUGAUAUUCAUUAUGAAUUUAUUAAUAAACUAAUCUUUUGUUUUCUUGGAACUUAUCAAAACCUAAACAAAAAUUAUGAAUGACGGAUUCAUUUAUUC